AUGAUGGCCAACGGCAAUUCUAAUCCUGCUUUUCGACGUCAAGCUUCAACAGGUAUUUUUUGACGGUUUUUGUGAAAAUGUCAAGUAUGGUUUCAAUAUCUAGAAUACAGACUCAUCCUCGAAAAGCUAUUAACGUUCCUAAAAGAAUCCCCUGACUCACUGAGCCUGUUUAUUGAGAAAUUUAAUGAAACUAGUUCUAGUUAAUAAUCGAAAGUGGCUCACUUUUUUCUUCUAAAUCGGAUAAUCUUCUAUACCUUCUUUUCUUGUUAUUUCUUAACUAUUCUGAACCUUUGUACCACCCCUUCCCUUCUUUUUUCUCUUUUUUCCUUACUCCUUCCUUUUCCCUUUGCUUUUUCCUCUUUUUCUCUCAAAUUUCUACACAAAAGAGCACAAAAAGAUAUCAAAUCUAUUGAAAGGGAAGGGCGGAGAAAACGCGACCCCCUCUCUCCGCGCAUAGUACUCAAAUAAGCACUCACUUUUCGUCUUCCCCCCAUCUCUCUGCGCAUCCCUUGCCCUCAUUCCCCGGAUGUACCCAACUCCGGCACAAUGUUGCAAAAACACUGAUUCACCUUAUGGAUCUGUUAAAUUGCGGCAUGUGAACUAUGGGGAAGAGUCUAGAGAACGCCCGCUCAGCUCUUAUAAUCGGUUAUCAAGGCGGUUCAAUAGAGAAAGUAUUUCUAACUUUUCUGAUCUUUCAACUGUCUAUUAUGAGAAUUACGGUGAGUCGAAUCUUUUUGCAAAUGGCUAAGAACCGGCUAAUAGCUAAAAGAUGGUGAAUGAAAUUUGGCGGGAAAUCAAUGAGGCGCAAUUUUUUGUUUGUUUGCUCUGGAUAUCUUCACCCACUUACUUGUGCAAAUCGCAAAUAUCGGUUAACUCGGUCAGGGAGGCAAUAGACGACAGAUCAGAUUCAAUUUGAUUUGCAAAACUUUUACCUCGCUCGACGUUUUUCACUUUUCAAAUGAAAUGUGUUAUCAAAACGCUUUAUGCGUAACCACUUACCCCACAUAUGUAGAUCAUUUAGGGCCUAUUUCUAGUAAGUUUAUCAUUUGUAACUUUUUUAAAUGAUCGAGAUCUUUCAGCUGGCGUCAAUCCCGUGCUCACUGUCGCAUUAUCCCCGGUUCCCAAGGUUGAUUACAGUGUCACAAAGGUAAUGUAACUUCAUCGCGUAUUUCUGAGCAUCAAACAUUUUCAGGGCGGUGCUCGAACAUGGAUUGUUCUUCUAGUUUUUAUAUUUCUAUGCUCCAGCUUAUACACUAUCUUUUCUGCUAAAGACAUCGGUGAAUCGCAUCAUGGUAAGCAAAUAUUUCCGGUCGUGUGGUUACAGUAGUAAUUUUCAGAUCUCAGUGGGCAAACAUCAACAGAGGACGAUGACACCCCCGCAUACAACCAUCCUGUCCACGCAACAGAUAACGACGACGACGACGAGUAAGGCGAUCCCAUCUUGACCCGCAUCCCUUGAAGUUUCAAGUUUCUCCGCUUGCAAUUGGUUGUCUUUCUUUCAGUGAUGAUGAUGAUCCUCCGCCGCCGCCGCCACCGCCUCAACGAGUGAGCAAGAAGCAAGAGCAGCAGACGGCACAACAAAAAAGCAGCGCGCCUCCUCAGCCGGCUCAAGUGACGGAUUGUGGGUUUUUGUUGUUGCUCCCUUUCUCUCCACACCGAUAAUGAUGAUAUUUAUCGUUGGAAAUGAAUGUGUUUCAGCUGAUGAUGAAGACGACGAAGAGUCGAAUGAGCAUACGCUGGGAGGACGGCUUUUUGCUGGGCUCCGCAAAAAGAUCACCGAUCGACUGAAUGAGGUAAAAAUGAAAAUACAUAAGCAAUAACAAUAACGAAUGCGUCAAAUGUUCAGAAAACGGUGAAAGAAGAGCCAAAAAAGCAGAAAAAAGACGAUAAGAUCCUGAACCCCAGGGAAGCAAGAAAACUGAAAAAGCAGCAGAAAGUUGAGGAGAAGAAGGUGGAAGUAGAGGAAGAUGAUGAUGAUGAGGACGAUGAAGAUGAUGACGACGUUAAAGUUCCAGCCUCUCCGGAAACAUCUCGCAAGCAGAAGGCUUAUAAUCAAAAAGAGGAACGGAAAGACAGAAACAAAAAGUACCAGCCAGUGAAGGAAGAACCCGAUCUUGAUGACGACGAUGACAAUGAGGAUGAUGAGGACGACGAUGAUGUUGACGACGAUGAUGAGAAGGGCGAGAAGAACGAUUCCGCAAAAGAUGAGGACAAUGAUGAGGAGGACGACGAGGAUGAUGAAGACGACGAUGAUGAUGAUGAUGAAGUGAAUGAGAAGAACAAGAAAGCUGUGGAAUCAAAUAAUGAGGAUGAAGAUAAUGAGCCAAAAGUUUCUCAUCGUGAAGCACAAAGACUUCGCCGUCAGCAUAUGCGAGAAGCUCGGAAGGAGAAUCGUCCUCGUUCUGGCGGGAAAAAGGAGUGUAUUCAUCAAGAUUGUCCAGAUCAUGAAAGUUUGAAGCCGAGAAAGUCGUUGUUGCUGAAAAAGAAGAAGGUAUCUCGAAUACCACGUCACUUGUAUUCAUAGUUUUAAUUUUCAGGUGAGAUCUUUUGUGGAAAAGUUGUUGGAAGAUGAAUUUGAUGAUGAUGAUGAGGACGAUGAAGAUGAGAAUAACAAUGAGAGAAAUGUUGAUACAGAAGACGAUGACGAUGACGAUGAUGACGAUGAGCGUCUUUCUGACAGGUACAGUUAGAAUUUCUGGAUGAGCUUUGCAAGUUCUGUGGAAAACUUUGUAGCUCACCUUUACGAAACGUUGCCAGACAGGGCGGCUGAAUUUCAAAUUAUGGCUCUGCCCGGUGCAAGUUUCUUUUGAAAAAUACUUUUGAGAAAUGUUGACAGCCGAUUCAUAACAAUAUUGCAAAAAGUACACGAUUCAGAGAAAGCAGCAACUCAUAUAAACGUCACGCAAUAACUACAAAGGAGGAAAUCGGUUUCCGAGAUAUUCUCGAUCGUGCGGAUCACCUCGUUGAGAAGGUAGACAAUGAUAAUAAACCUCCCAAGAAAUCCAGUCGGAAACUUGUCACUAAAGGCAAAUCCAAGAAAUAGAUUCUGUGUGUAUAAUAACUACAUUUUUCUGUCUUCCCUUUUUUUGGUAAUAACGCCUUGAAUGCGGGUGUAUGUGUUUUCACGGUCAUUUUUAUAGCUAUUUUUCAAAAUUUUUUAAUAAAAAACAGGGUUUGGAGAAAUUGAAACGGAGAACUGAAACGAGAGAUGAGAUUUGAAAUAUGACUGAAUAUUUUAGAGUUGUAUAGCGCAGUCUAUCUAUCUUUCAUUCAUCAUUUCGCUUCAUUGUUUCAAUUUCCGUUCGUUUUCACUGUUUCUCCUACUUUUUGUUUGUUUUAGCGUCCAAUAAACCGUUUGUUUUCAACCGAAUGUCCUCGUUUCUCUUUUUUGGAUUUUCUUGCAACUUGAAGAUGUUUCCAUUAACUCCUUUAGUGUCAAAUGCUUCAUGCCUUGUAGACGAAUAAUUUUUAAGCAUGAUUACGAUGAGGCGAUGGAGCUAUUCGACCACGUCAUCGCUGUAUACCCAUCGUCCACGAGAGCGUACUUUGGAAAGGCGAGAGCCUAUGACAUCCGCGGAGAGAUUGAGGCGAAUGAAACAGAUAGAGAUAAAGCCAUUGAGAUUUACGAGAAGAUUCUGCACAACAACGCGGUUCCCGAGGCACUUUUCAGGUUUUAGUUGUAAUGUUGUGGAUGUUUAUGAACUUUUGAAAUAUUUAGACAAGCCGCUCAACGUCUGAUUGAAAAGACCAGGUUCCGGGGACACCUUCAUCAAACUCUUAAUGCUCACAGGCUUUAUAUCGAUCGGUUUCCAGAAGAACUCAACUUGCAGACAGAUUUUGCCAUUUCUUUUGUAAUGAUGAAACGGUACGAAGAUGCGAGAACGGUGUUGAGAAACGUUCUGGCAAACGAUCCUAAUCAUGUCAUGGCUCUUGCUUACUACGGAUAUAUUUUGAAGGUGAGAUAAGAAAAAAUUAUUAUUCAGAGCAUUUCUUGUUCAGGCUCAUGACGACAAAGUGGAGCAAGGAGUGGCACUGAUGAGGAAAAGUCUGAAACUUUCCGACAACGAAAUCAGCGAUCCUAAAUUUUACUACCAAUUGGGCCAUGGACUGACUGCUCUUGGAAAGAAACAGGAAGCUGACGCAGUCUACCAGAAAGCCGCGCAAAUGGGAGUGUUCAUGACUGCUCAGCAGAGAAGUCUUUACAAUAUCGAAGGACUCACUGGAAGGGCCUGGUGGAACAUGGAACAGACACCUUACUCCAAGUUCUUGAAGACUGUGGAGAGACAGUGGGCUACAAUCAGACAAGAAGGAAUGGAGGUUCUGAAAGACUGCAGUGAUUGUUGGCUGGACCAUAACCAGCAGUUAGUCAUAGAUGGGCAAUGGAAAUAUUUUCCGAUUAUGUCCGAGCAGAACUUCAUCAAAGGAAGUUGCGAGAGAAUGCCUCAAACUUGUCUGAUCCUCCAAGAGUUCUCCACAUCCAGCAAUGCCAGCAAGUCAGAGGUUAGUUGUUCAUUCCGGUUUUUUUUACGAAAUCAGAUUUAUUUUCAGAUGUACCUGUCCGUACUUUCCUCCGGUGCUUCCAUCCUUCCCCACUGCGGUCCUACCAACUAUCAUCUUCAAGCGCAUUUGGGUCUUGUCUCACCGUCAGAGGCUAGGAUACGAGUCGGAAAUGAGACAAAAGGCUGGCGAUCGGGCAAGUUCAUCAUCUUUGAUGAAAGUUUCGAACAUGAAGUAAUAUCGCACAUUUAAGACACGUUUUAUACGAAGUAACAUUUUUCAGCUUCAAUUCGACGGAGCCUCCUCUUCUUCUUUCCGACUUGUUCUGGUCCUUCAGCUCUGGCAUCCCGAAGUCCAACCUCAUCAACGCGUAUUGUCAUUCCUGUCCUGA